AGUGACGCGCUCGUUGCCGGCAGAGGGGGGAUAGAGACAGAAAGAUCGACACGGGUGUAAGGACAGUCGGUUUGUUAACUUCUGCAAAGCAACGGAGAUACUCAGCUGCUAGACUGUCAAACUGUAACAAGCUGACGAAUGCAAGCGCGAUUUGCGUGCUGGACGUAACAGUCGGUCUUUAAAAAUUUUUUUUUCUUUGGCUUUUCCUUUUUUUCGUGGAGAGGUCUGCUGCAGGAAGAGGAAGCGGCGGCGUCCAAGCUGCGAGCGUUUGGACGGUGGGUUUAGCCUCCGGAGGACUCCGUGACCCCAUCUGCCUCGGCCCCCCCCCCACCCGCCCCCUCGCCUCCCCGCCUCCCUCUCCUCCCGUCCCGCUCCAGCUCACGGCGUCUGUAAUGUGAGCCUUUGCUGGCAUCUUGCGGGAGAGCGAAAAAGUGAGGAGGAAGGGGGGAGAAACGGACAGCUCGCGCGCGGAGGCAGCGCAGAGCAGAACCGGACUCGUUAGGCCGGCGGUCGAGCGAUCUGCCGCGCGCGGCCCACGGUGACCGGAGGGCGACCACAGAGACCGUCGCAGGCCGUAGACUUUACUGCCGUCACUCUGUGGAGGAGAGAAGGUGGAAGAGGCCUUCAGGAAUCCCACUGGUGAAGAGCAAAAAAAUCUUUGGAGCAGGGCUUUUUUUUUUUGUUGUUGUUCCUGUUCAGUUUUUGUUUUUUUUCCUUCUCAAGCGAAACACUCACUUCUGACUGACCAGCAGUGUCUUCUGGGAUUUUCAGAAUGGCCAAAAAGAACAGUCACAAAGACACUUCGGGCGUGGUGUUCGACACGCACUCUAAAAUGGUGAUGUCCCAGGGAGGGACGUACGAGAGGAUGAAGGAGAAGAUUAGUGCCGUCCGAGCCGUGGUGCCCAACAAAAGCAACAACGAGAUAGUCCUGGUGCUGCAGCACUUUGAGAACUGCGUGGACCGGGCCGUCCAGGCCUUUGUGGAAGGCAGUGCCACUGAAAUCUUGAAGGAGUGGAAUGUAACCGGUAAAAAGAAGCCCAAGAAGAAGAAACCCAAACCCAAACCUCAGCCGGAAGUCCCGGCAGAGCCGGAGCAGGCCGAGCCGGACCCAGCCAAGGCCACGCCUCCCUCUGAUGGCAAGGAUGAGGUCAACGGUUUCCACGCCAACGGAUCCGUGCUGGAUGGGGAUUCGCUGGACUCCCUGAGCGAGCAACUGGACUCUGCCUCCCUGGAUGCGGCCGAGCUCGACUCGGAACCCGCCACGCCCGAGCUCUCCGACGCCACCUCAGGUGUGGAGGUGGACUCCAAACCCAGGCCCCCGAGCCAGGCCUCCCACUUCAGCCAGGGAGGGCGGAGCCAGCAGGGCCAACGCGGCGGCAAGCCCCGCCCCCGACUCGCCUCCGGCUCCCAGCCUGGCCCCGCCCACUCCUCGUUCCUCCCCGACGACGGCCAGCACGGGGCGGCCGGCAAUAAGAAGAUCGCGCCGAACAUCGACCGGUCGGUGAAGGACCUGCAGCGCUGCACGGCCUCGCUCUCGCGCUACCGGGUGGUGGUGAAGGACGAGAUGGACUCCUCCAUCAAGCGCAUGAAGCAGACCUUCGCCGAGCUCCAGAGCUGUCUAAUGGACCGGGAGGUUGCCCUGUUGGCUGAAAUGGACAAAGUCAAAGCGGAAGCCAUGGCCAUCCUGGACGGGCGUCAGAAGAAGGCAGAGGAGCUUCGGCGGCUGACCGACCAAUCCGCAUCCAUGUCCGAGGACCAGCUGAGCGAGCUCCGCGCAGACAUCAAGCACUUUGUGAGCGAGCGCAAAUAUGACGAGGACCUGGGGAGGGCCGUCAAGUUCACCUAUGAGCUGGAGCCGCUGAAGAAGAGCGUCAUGGGAUUCGGACAAGUGUACCACCCUCAGACUGGCUACUCCAGCCGCUCCCGCUGCAGCUCCGCCGCCUCCUCCAUCACUGGCCCUGGCGCCCUGGAGGCGUUGGCCCCGCCCCAGUCGCAAGCCCCGCCUCCAGCCCAGGCCCCGCCCCAGGGACCCCCCCAGGCCUCGGGAUACGGCGGCCGCCCCGCCCAGCCACACAGACAGGGUUACCAGGGCAACCACCGUCAUAACUAUCACCCCGGAGGUCAACGGUAUAACAGCGGCCCGCACCAAGAUCGGAACCCCAACCGGACCUAUCGUUACCAAGGCAACCGUGGGCAGGGGGCAGCCGCCGGCAAUGCCUAUCCAUCCUCCCAGCCAAGCUCCACCUCCAGCUCCGCUUCUGUCACCGUCAACGGCUCUGCCCAGCCCAACCCGCUCCCGCCCCGUCAAGACCGCCCCGCUACCAACGGGCUGCCCCAGAGGACCCCCCGGACACACUGCCCCUGACACCUCGCCCCCCACUCUCAAUGACCCGUCCACCACUCGCCCACCGACCCACCCACCCACCCACCUCCCAGCAAUGAAGAAUAGAACUGAAGUUUACAUCUCAUUUACUGAACUGUAGUGCCACCUAUAGGUAGCCCACCCUGUAUUCUAAAAUUCCGAAACGAUUCCAGUAUCUUCUGCUCCCUGCCCGCAACCGCUGUCUCUUCGCUUGUUUUCUCCCUCACGUGAAUCUCUCAUCUUUGCUAUCUCAAAUCCGAUCAGAUUCCUGACAGCAGAUUGCUGUGCUUUCCAUAUUCUGUCCUCUCUUUGGCCCCUGUUGGUAGACUGGGAUUUACCUCUUCUUUUUCCUUUUUUUUCACCUUUGGAGAAGAGUUGUCAAGUUUGUUUGUUUUUUUUGGUCUGUCGUGUUUGCAGGGCUGUUCAAGACUACACCUGCCCUUUAUUUUUGAGUCUUAAUUUGUAUGCAGUUGACAUUAGGGCAACUUAUAGGUAUUUUUCCAAUUUUUCUUUAAUUAGAUUAUUUCAGUUAUUAAAUGGACCUUUUGUUCAUUUCCACGUCUUAAUUGCGGUCCACGGGCGAAUUCUGUGUGGUUUUUGCGGUGAGGAAGUCUUCUGGAAAGUUUCCCCCGCUUUCUGUCUGCUUAAACGAGGAUUGGGGUACCUGGGAGGUGCGCUGAAUCCUCCUGUUUAUUAACGAAGGGAGGGGACUCACGGGCGUGGUUUUCACUAGAACUGUCGAAGGUCGGCUGCUAUAGAGGACACUACAUGGCCUGCUGUUGAAGCUAUACCGUUUUCUCAGCGGAAGAAUGUCUGACUGGCCAGAAUCAUCCCCACCAUUGCACCAGUGUCUUGCUUUAAUUUCAAUACUGAAUCCGCAGUUACUGUACGAUUUUCAACGUUUUUUUAUCAUUUGCAUAUGAUGACAAAACAACCUCAAUUUUACCUUCUAAUUAUGUAGAACAUGUGAUGUAAGAACACAAAGCAGUAGGUCACGCAACAGGUUUGUCAUUGCCCCCCCCCCCCUUUUUUUUCCCCCACACUGAGCUGUCAACAAUAUCCAUGCCCAUGCCAAAAAAAAAGAAGAAAAAAAAAAGAUUAUGGUUAUGAAUGGUUUAAAGUUGGCCUUUGAAUUCUCAUUAGAAACUCUGCCAGACCGUAGCGCUAACCUUGGCUAUUGAUGCUGUAUAUACACAUUUGUUUUAAUAGAGGUGCUAAGGUAACGAUCAUGUUUCUUUUCUCGAUCAAGCAUGUGUUCAGUAACCGUCGAAUAAAAACUGGAGAUAUACCUCAUUUUAGACGUGAUACACCCUCCUGGUAGCAAGUGUGUUACGGUUUCGCCGUUCUCGCGUUCUAGGACCAUGGUGCAAUGCAUUUCUGGGUCGUUUUGAAGUGUUUUCCAAUAUGUAGGAAAGCAAACCAAAGGUUGCGCGGUGUCAGCAAGCAGCACGUUAUAUGAAGUGGGGAUAACAACCCAAAGUAGUUUAAUGAAGUUUAACUGUCCUUUUGUUCUGAAUGCGUUUCAGCAUGUUCAGUGCCUGAUGAAGCCCCGACCGUCUUUGUAGGCGUAAAACAUUGAAGUACCCGGUUUCAUCACGAACUGUGGUAGCAAGAUCCCGCAGUGUAGGCUUGCCUACAGGAAGACAGACAUUUCUGUCGUUUCGUUACUGGUGAAGUUUUUCGGGUUUGAACGCCACCGGGAAUGGCACGUCGGUAAGAGAAGUGUGCAGCACGAGGUGCGGAUGCGCAUGUCGGCUGGAGUUGUACGGUCGUGUUGCGUGGCGAAAGGUCCGGUGGGCAGGUGGUAACAUUUUGUAACAUUAGCUGUAUACAUUCUCAGGCAAAUAGGCAGAGCAUCUGCAUCCUACCUUCAGUACUUUGUUACCUGGGAGACUACUUCCGGUCUGCACCGCUUGCACAGCCUUAGCAGCACUUUGGACACCUACAUCCCACAACCACCUCCCUUCCCCACACAGGGUUUUUGAAUGGCGUGGAUGUCAGCCCGACUAGCAGCUCUGCCAAAUUUCUGUUAGCCUUGCUUUGCAGUCGGCGUCGCUCACCCCUCACCCACUUUUUCAACGUGUAAUUAUCGCAUUCCUCACUCUCUUCAGCCGGUACGCAUUUCUGGGCCAGAUUGAGUCUGGACUCCCUUCAGUACUGGAAAUGUACUUUUGGGGUGGGGUUAAUUUUGUUUUUGGGGCUCCGCACAGCCACUUCACACGUUCCUCCUUGGUCGCAAAGCCUCGCGGAUAGGCUACUGGCCUUCGCCUUCGCUAUUUUUUACUUUAUUUUUUCUUUAAUACAAUGUAGUAAUCUCCAAAGAAACUGUCCACUGAUCAGUGCAGGUUGCUGCCUCUCUUUCUCCCCUUCUCUCCAUUUUUGAAAAUGCAUUUUCGCUUCAUAUUUUUACUGAGCGGUAAAAACAGAAGGGAAAAAGACGCUUCCUACUUAAUCCUAUGCGCUUUAUGAUUUAAUAAUCGAUUGAAAUGAUAGUAUGCUUUCUUUGGAAUGCCUUCUGUAUGUACGUGCGGUAUGUCGGUAUGUAUGCAACUACAUAUACGCGUGAGCGCCCGCACAAAGGGCUUUGGCUAUGUAUGUAUGUGUGUGUGUUUUCUGUGUGCCCAAGGGGCUCCUCUGGGCAGAAAACAGCAGAAUUUAGCGCUGUCCCGUUUCCUGUGUAUGAACCUCUUCCGCCCUUUUCCUUCUCCUCUGAGACAACUGUAAACUAGUAAAGUGCCUUUUGUCAUCUCUCAUUUCUUCUAUUAUCUCUCAUUCCACCAAUUAUGGACCAAAGACAUUCACCCCCCCCCCCCCUUUAUGUUCCAGUAUACAGAGCACUUGGACACCAUCAUCUUCACUGAUUGGCACACUUCUUCUCCUUUACUAUUAAUAAAAUUGUUAGCAAAUA